CCUUUGGCAGGGGGCAGUAUAUAACGCAUUGCCCUAGAGCUGUUGAUUUAACUGAGGCUUUAGUAAAUAGUUUUAUUGGAUUUGAAAGUAUUUGCAUUCUGUCUCCCCCAGAUAUGCAAAUGAGGGUGAACAAAACAAUCCACAAAGAUUUAUUGCAAUGACAAGCGAUAAAACAGAGACACAACAGUAAAAGAGUAGGUGUGAAGUUUUUGCUUGAGAUGCGUUAAAAUGUUUCCAGUAAAUCUUGAAUGUCGAGUAAACAAAGUAUUGCUUUAUUAUGAUUCAUAACAAGCUAUUUCACAGUGACCCACAACAUUAAAGACCAAAUACACCUUUGGUCACUCAAACGUACAAAAUUAUAACUAUAUACAUACAUAAAAUGACAGUCACAUUGAGCAAAACGCGGUUUAUUUUCCAAGCGUCGACCGGAAGUCCUCGGUUCUCACCUGUUUACCACUGUCCCCACCCCAAUCAGUGCGGCCCACCUGUCUAUAAUAGGGGCUGUCCGGGCAGCAUGGCUACUCUAUCUGCUCCAGGCCUCCGCCGACACCCUUGAAUAAGUAGCUGCAGAGGUCCGGCACGGAAACUCUGUCUCCGGCUGUGACUAUGGCCAGGACCGGUUUCUCCGACUCUAAGCCUCUGCUGGACUUACACAAGAAGGUGGAUGAGAGGCGAGCCCCAUUAAGAACUUGGGCUAAUGCCUGUGGGCCAAUAGAUCGCUGGCAGCCUGUAGAAGUAGACGAGUCCAAGAUGGCCCCGGUCAAAAUGGAGCCAGAACGCAGAUGGGAGAGGAGGUUAUCGUUGCAAACCAAAGAAGGCAUCAUCAUGGGUUUCCAUGAAGACAGUCGGGCACAUUCAGCUGAUGGGUGUGUGGAGGAGCCUGUGCUUCUUUACCCUCAUGGGUUGCAGGGUCUUCACAGCCUGCAGGCGCUGGUGCCCAGCUUGUUGCGCCAUGAAGUAGAGAUGGCACUGGAGAAACUGGGCCUCAUAUGGGACCGGACAUAUGCUUGGGACGUGUUCUUGGACAUGAUGAGAACUCAAACAUGGAACGCUCUACCCACCACUGACCUGCCCCGGCACUUCACAGAUGCCACUCGAGCUGUCCUGGUAGACUGGCUCAUUCAAGUUCAUGAGACAAUGCAUUUCCAGGAAGAGACCCUCUAUCUGGCCAUACACCUCCUCAACUGCUCCUUGCGUCAGAUCAAAGUGACCACUGCCAAUCUGCAGCUCCUCGGCAUGGUUUGCCUCUUCCUUGCUGCAAAGAAAGAGGAGUGUCUCCUCCCUGAGGUGUCUGGACUCUGCUACUUGAUGGACCACACCUACACUAAGCAUCAGCUGCUGCGACUGGAGCGCAAAGUCCUCUGUGGGCUGAAGUUUGAUUUGUCCUACUGUCCUCCUCUGCAUUUCCUUCUCCUUCUUGCCUCCAUUGCUCGCUGCAGUGCUAAGGUGGUGUGGAUGGCUCGUUAUCUGCUGGAGCUGUCUCUCUUGGAGGGCCAGUGUGUGGUGUUUCUGCCUGUGCACCUGGCAGGAGCAGCCCUCUGCUUGUCCCGCCAAAUCCUGCAGGAGCCCCUGACACCAGAGGGGGAGUCUGCGUGGUGUCUGGCCUCCAGUGUCCAUGUCGGCAGUGAGACUGCCCUGCUGAGGAUCAUGCACAUUCUGGCCAAUGCUGCAGCCAAGGCCCACACCCGAGAGACCUGUGCUACUUUUAUUAAAUUCUCCUCCCCAGAGACUAUGCAUGUCAGCAGACACCCAGGUCUAAAGAAAAUCUCUGCUCUGCUGGGUAUAUGCACUUGAUGUCCACAAGUCUCACAUGAACUCCCAAAGCCUCAUGGUGGGAGAUCUUAGACUAAUAUAUUUUGACGACUUGACUCCUCUGGAUCCUGAGGAUGUAAUGUGGAAUUGGGUGAGGAAGAAGUGUAAAAGAUUUAAUGCCAAAUGUUGUUUGACAAAGAAUUGCAUGCAUUUAGCAUGCUUGAGAUUUAGCCAGCCUAGUGGCACACCUGUUUUAUUGUCUUAUCUUGCAGCCGGUUUUUGAAAAUAUUUGAAUUGUGAUUUGUCUUUGUCUUGUCAUUUGUGGAGAGGAUGUGGGCUGUCUAUCAAAUUAUUUGAGAAGUUUUAAUGUAAAAAUAAAGUGUCUGCUGCAAAGUAUGGCGUUUCAGCUGUUUAUUUUUGCACGACUGAAAUUUCUACCAGUCCACCGGGCUGUGACGACAGUUCUACAUGAAAGCACUGUACUGCACCUCUGACUGCAUUGUUUGCCACUCCUGCUCAUAUGCACAAGCAAGCUGACACAGCUGAUUGGCUCAAAGGAGUCACAAAAAAAUGUGGG